AAGUGCGCCUGCAUGACAAGUGUGGCGUUUCCCAGGGUGCGUGAACGUCACUGUGGCGCCCCCUUCAACAUCCUAUUUUCGCCCAUGUGAUUUUAACAAUCCCCAGAUUACAAACUUCCUCACAACAACAAUGGACUUUUCUUCCUUUGGACCCUCAGGGAGAGGCGUAGCUCCAACGGAACACAAUAAAAGAAAGAUGGUGAUGUGUGCUGUGGGAAAUAUAUCCAUAAUGCCAAGUCUAAAGGUCAACCAUUGAUGCUCAAAUGUGUGUUAAAGCGCACAGGAGCAUUGGCGCUGCAUACAUGGUGACAGGAGGAGGAGGAGGAGGAGGGCGGGUUGACUCAGCCAGCUGUUGGAGGGCAGCGCUCUCCUUCUUCAUCAGCUUGAUGACAUCAGCGCACACACUUCUCCACUGGAUCAGACGUCUCUAUCUGUGCGUCAUUGAUGUGCAACUCUUCCCGCCAACAAUAAGGUGCAUCUCAAAGGUGAGCCGACGGGCAAAGUGUCAGACUACAGUCAAAAUGGGAAGAAAGAAAAUACAGAUUUCCCGCAUUCUGGACCAGCGAAACCGACAGGUGACAUUCACCAAGCGUAAGUUUGGCCUGAUGAAGAAGGCCUACGAGCUGAGCGUGCUAUGUGACUGUGAGAUUGCCCUGAUCAUCUUCAACAGCACCAAUCGUCUGUUCCAGUACGCCAGCACCGACAUGGACAAGGUGCUGCUCAAGUACACGGAGUACAGCGAGCCGCACGAGAGCCGCACCAACACUGACAUACUGGAGACACUGAGGAGGAAAGGACUGGAUCUGGACGGCUCUGAGGUGGACUGCGAGGAGAGCAUGCAGGUGACCACCCAUAAUGGUGACGGCAUGGACUUGUCUGUGGGUCGCCAGCGCAUCUCUGCUCCAUCCCUACGGUCACCAGAAGCUCAGUUCCUGGUUUCCGAAACCAGCUUCCCCAUCUCUUCCGGACCCAGCAUGGCCCCCCACAGACCCCCUGCAGGCUUUAAAUGUGUCAGCCCAGGUUCAGCAGCACCUCACACCUCCUUCAUGCAGCCCCACUCAGGUAUCGGCUACUCCGUCUUCUCCCACGUGAGCCGAGGACUGGACCUGAAGAGUCCUCUUCCUCCUCCCCCUCCCACUUUGACCCUGCCAGGUGGUGAUGCUGCCUAUCAGGGUUCCCGUGCGGCCCAAACCCCCUCUAUGAGCAGGGGGGUCUUGUACCAUGGCCUACAUGGUGCCAGCUCAGUGGUGGCCAUGGGCAAAGCUGGGCUGCUGGGCCACGCCUUGGCAGGCUAUGGCCUCGCCUCCCCUGGAGUUUCUGAUUACAGCCAACCAAGUUUUUAUCGCUCUGUUAGUCUGCAAAGAGGAGCAGUAAACUCCUGGCAAGCAUCACAGCCUGCGCACGAGCUCCAGGGACCUCAUGUUAGUCAAGGGAUGUCCACUGGAGGCUGCUCUUUCCCCUCUCAGUCUUGCUCCUCCACCUUGACACACAAUCCCAGCCUCAGCAUCCACAUCAAAUCAGAGCGUAGCUCUCCUGAACACAUGACCUCGCCCGCUUCCUCUCCCAUGAGUGGGCCCAUCCCGGUUUGCCGCACCCCCACAGAAGACCCCCAGGCCAAGGCCGCUUACUUGCAAAAGGAAGAGGGAGGCGGGAUGUCGCUGAGGCAGGAGAUGUGCGAGGCGUGGCAGAGAUAGCUCCAUACACGGGUGGACACUUCAUUAGGUACAUCUGGUCAGUCUGAUACAUCCAGUACAAAUGCAGCAUUUUUGACAAUAGUUUAGAUUGUGCAUGUGUACCUAAUGAAGUGUCCAGUCCCCAUCAUCCCACAGGCAAGUGUCUCAAGUGAGAGCUGGUCUCUUCCUGCGUGAUGGGACACACCUCACCACUAGUUUGUUCACAUGCACACCUUUUUCUUGUAUUUAUCUAGUUUUAGUUGGUUUUGUUUGGCACUUGACUAGUUAAAAAAAAAAAAGUAUGAUUUUAUUACCAAUUAAAGGGAUCUCUAUUUGUGGCACAACCCAUGUGACAGGAAAAUAAAUGAAAAUAUUUUUGUUUAUUAAGUCAGACAAAAGUACAAAUAAAAGCCAAAUCUAUACAAUAAAAUACACACCAUGCAAACAUUGCAAUUCACAGCAUUGAAGAUGAUCAGAGCAUUUCCAUUCAGAAAACACAAGCGAGAUACAAACAAGCAACUUUCAAUUUAAGUUCCCUGUCGGAUGAAAAAAGUCCAAGUGUCAGCACUAAAUUAAAAACACACAUUUAAGGUGCUCCAGGUAAAAAUGUUGCCAUGGAGUCGUGACUUAAUCGCCUUCAAUAUGUAAAAUACUGCCAAAAAUGGAGUAAAUCACUUUCUUUCAUUGACUGAAAAUCCCUGAGUUUGCAGGCACUUGGGAAUUCGAGCAGGAACAUUUAAAAGUGUUAAAACCACAACUUAAAAAAAACAACUUUAUAAAUAGCACUCUUGAAUCGGUUCUUUACUAACAGGGACCACACUCUCUAAAAAGUCCCCAUGGCUUGAAACUGUGAGGUUGUGACAGAAAACACGCAUGCAUAUGACCUUUGACCUCCUCAUGGCUACCAAAAGUAUCUAAAUAGAAAGUUAGACAACUAUGUUGCCUUACAGAGAAAACUCUUGCCAUGCAGACUGAGCAGCACAUGCAUUGACAUCAUCUCAGGAAAUAAUUCUCAAAUUGUGGUCCAAGCACCACCGAUGGUACACAGGCUCCAUCUAGUAGUACUCAGGAACCACUUUUUUUUUUUUUUUUAGGUUGUAAAGAAGUUUGAAAAUCAUCGCUUUAAGGCAGGGGCACCAACAUACUGAACAUCUGAAAUAGUCAGGAGCCAUCCUUAAACAUUUAAUUUCAUAAACAGACUAAAACCCAUGUAGAUAUAGACUACACUUAAAAAAUGUUUCACGUCUUUUGUGGUAUGAUUAUUAGUAUUAUUUUGUCAUUAAAUUUCAAAUUUUUGCUCUUUUUUUGGAAUUAAGAUAUGAACUCGGUCGGGGUCAGCAACACUUUGGACACCCCUGCUUUAUGGGAUUGCUUUUA